GGGAGCAGGUGGGUGUUCGACAGCCUGGGCUCCGCAGAGAGUGCGGAGAGUGCAGAGCUCUGAAAGCUCUGGGAGGACCCAGGGAACUGGAAGCCAGCAAAAUUGUCCUCCUGCCCAGCUGCCCUGGAGCCCCAGGGAGUCCUGGGGAGAAAGGGGCUCCGGGCCCUCGAGGGGAGCCGGGACCACCGGGCAAGAUGGGCCCCAAGGGUGAGCCGGGAGAUCCGGCGAACCUGCUCCGGUGCCAGGAGGGUCCCAGGAGCUGCCAGGAGCUGCUGAGCCGGGGUGCCACCUUGAGCGGCUGGUACCACCUGUGCCUACCUGAAGGCAGAGCCCUUCCCGUUUUCUGUGACAUGGACACCCUGGGAGGUGGUUGGCUGGUGUUCCAGCGGCGACAGGACGGCUCUGUGGACUUCUUCCGCUCUUGGGCCUCCUACAAAGCGGGCUUUGGGAGCCAGGAGUCCGAAUUCUGGCUGGGCAAUGAGAACCUGCACCAGCUGACUCUCCAGGGGACCUGGCAGCUGCGUGUGGAGCUGGAGGACUUUGACGGCAACCACACCUUCGCCCACUACGAGUCCUUCCGCCUCCUCGGAGAGGCGGAUCACUACCAGCUGGUGCUGGGCAAGUUCUCAGGGGGCACGGCAGGGGACUCCCUGAGCUUCCACAACGGGAAGCCCUUUUCCACCUACGACGCUGACCACGACACAGCCGGGGGCAACUGUGCAGUGACCGUCCACGGCGCCUGGUGGUACCAAGCCUGCUAUCACUCCAAUCUCAACGGCCCCUACGCCGCGUCCCCCGCCGCGGCCCACCAGUACGGCAUCGACUGGGCCACGGGCCUGGGCGUGGGCCGCCCGUACCGCAGGGUGCGGAUCCUGCUUCGCUAGGGCCCCCUGGCAACCAGCCGCUUAUCUCUCCCGAGCAGCUUCCGGAGGCUCCGCCACUUCUCCCCGCCGCCAACUGCCUCUGCUCUCCAGUCCACAUUGUAAAAAUAAAACCGUUUAACCCCUU